ACUGGAGAUGAUUUCUCUUCCAAACCUAAAGCAAGAGAUUCUAUGCCUACAUCCGAGUACCGCCCAUCAUCUCAGUAGUAUUUUUGUCUUCGGAGAAAAUACGAACCUUCAGUAACCGUGAUCCACUUUGUACCGUGAUCCAGUGGUCACUCUCCGUUGUCCACUGCACUCGCUUGACAUAGCAGUAAAAUUUUUCCGAAAUCACCUCCUGUUAUCUUAGAAAAGAAAGCACAUCUUGCACAAUGUAAUCUCCGAUAUAAAAUUCCCGGAAUGGUCAUAACUGGAACAACAUUGUUUAUAUUCUUGCUCAAUCUGAGCUGAGUUGGGGUUAAACAACAACAACUGCAUUAUCUAUGAGUCUAUUGUUUAUUUUGUUUGUUUUAGCUUUUGCCAAUUAAUUUCAUAUUGAAUAAUUAAUCACUGAAUUAGUAUGCUUUAAGAUCAAUGCGUAGAAUAAUAGGCCAACACAGCACAAUAUAUAUACUGGAAUUAGUGUAACUACUACCUCAUCGUAGUUACUACUACUUCAGCCACUUGCAACAGUACCAUCACAAUAAAUACCAUCACCACAACUGUAGCUGCAAAUGCCACUACAAAUACAAUUACCAAUACAAGCAUCAUCACUACUGUUGCUGCCUCUAUUAAAGUCAACAUCACUAUCGUCACCACUAACACAGCUAUCACCAGGCAGCAGUAGUAAGCUACUAAUAUAACCACCAGUACUACAGCCUCCUCAACUAUUCCAGAACCCACCACUACAGAAGUAUCAACGUCACUAUACCAUAUAUUUACCAAAUGCCGGGUAAAAGAAACAAGAUAAUUGCAAAACUGCUGACAAAUCCCAGUGUAGCAACAAUGCCAGAAGACGAACCGAGGAAUACAUAUUUGGAAAACAAUCACCUUACCAAGCCUGUCACGUCGAGCACUGUUGUGUCUAACUGCAGGGAGUCUAUUGAUAUGGACCACAGGCAACCAAUAGAGUUCUCACAUGAAGAAAUUCUGGUGGACGUUUUAAAACCUCUACUGCAUUUCACGGCGCUCUCCGGUCAAGAAUUUUAUCCACCAGGUUAUCUCACUAAACGCCAACAAUGUUUGUGUAAAGUUUUUAAGUGUAUCGUUUUACUAUUUUUGGUUGUGAAUAUAUUACGGGUAUCUUUCUUAUUUGACAUACAUGCGACUCAAGGAAAAUUUAUACUCAUUUUGAACUUUGUGCUGUUUUAUUGUAUGGAAGUUUUUAAAUAUAUUGUAAAGUUCAUCUUUAACAUCGUAUAUGGCAGAAGAUUGUUAGAGAAAUUCACGGCAUAUUUUCCCAUGACAGAACAAAAAUAUUUCAGGAAAUUAAAACGGAACGCUAAAUUAUUCGUGAAGAUUUCAGCUUUCGUAAUAAUAUUGAGCAUAACACUAGUAACCUCAGUGUCUGCGACUGUAUUCACGGACUCUACCGUGGGAUCUUUAUUACAUAUACCAAUGUGCGAGAACAAAGCUAUUGAAGUGAUAAACACCAUAUCUUUAAGCUGGUUUGUCGCUUUUGGAAUAUUAAGCGAUACUUUACUACUUAAUUUCUUUUCGAAAAUAAUCUGCUGUGAGCUGCAUGCCCUCUCACAAAAGCUGAAAGCGCUCGACGAGCAACAACAAACAGUGAGCGACGACCAAGAGCAAACAGUUAUCAGUAAGUUCAUUCAUCUACAGAAGAAAUACGAAGAAAUAAUGGAGCUACUACAACUAGUCAACGGCUACUUCUCCAUUUGUAUAGUCGUGACGUUCUUGUUUGCUAUUCUUGUCACUUGUACGCUGAUCUACAUUUUGUUUCAAGCGGAUGUAGUCGCUGAUGAAAAACUGGUUGUCUGUUCAAUGGUAGUAACGCAGGCCUUCAUGGCAAUCUCUAUUCUCUACAGCGGUAUUUCUAUACAAGUUGCUGUUGAAGAGCCCAUUGAGUAUUUAUACAAACUGAGUUUCAAUAAAGAGCACAGCCAAGACACAAUGACAAGGAUUUCUCUAUUCUUCGCAAGAGUCUCCAAUCCAAGCUACCUCACUGCCGCCAAAAUGUUCAAUAUCGACUCCUCAACAAUACUUAUGAUAUCUGGGACUCUCUUGUCCUAUGGAGUAAUAGUGUUCCAAACUAGUUCUGUACAUCCAUGUGAUAAAAAUAUGACGGCGUUCACAGGGAAUAUGACCGGGAAUGCUACAUUUGGCUGAGUUUGUUCAUUCAGAUUAACAUUUCAUUGAUUUAAUACUCACUUCGUUGUUGCUGUGGUUGUUGUCGCCGUCAAUGUUACUUUUAGUUGUUUAAACAAGCAAACGUUGACAAAAUCUCACUUUCCUUUUUUAAGUUUUAAUCACGUUUUCUUCUGUAAUUCAUUAAAUAUUUCUUAGAGUAAUUGUAACAUUCUUUGAAAGCGAAUAAACUUGGUAUCGUUAUCAAAAGUUUCUGUAUCCAAAGCUAUAAUAAAUACUCUAUAUUUAAACCU